AUGCUGGAAUCAGAUGACUUAUUAGCCAGAGAAAAUGAAUUCAAAAAACUUAAUAAACAACUGGAAAAGAAAACAGAAAUACUAAUGAAAGAAAUCGAACAAGUUAUGCAAAGACAGGACAUAUUUUCAGAGUUUGCAGGUCCCUUAUCAAGUCCUAUAAACCACCAUAGUAAAAGGCACUAUUGUGAUACGCCAAGCAUUAAAUCAUCAGCCAAAAUCUGUGGAACAACAAAAACUACAGAAAAUGGGACACCCAAAAAAAUCAACAGUAAAAAGAUUGAUAUUAGAAACGUUGAUAAUACAGAUAUAGAAAUAAAAAAAUGUGUAACAAAAUAUGUUUGUGAAUGGUGCAAUUUAAGUACUAAGAAGAAUAAUGAUUUGGAAUUUUUGUAUGCUUUUGUCUCAGUUAAUGUUAAGGAUAAUGUUUUGCCACAGUCAUUUUUAAAGGGUGGUGUGAAUAUUGAAAAUGUAUGCAAGUUUCUAUCAGCCAAAUUGAAAUUAAUGCAAGAACAGAUUGACAAAUUGCAAGCAAAUAUAGAUAAAAUGGGUAAACAAUGUGAGAGCCACAUGACCCAACUGGCUGGAUUGGAGAGUGAAAGACUGACUUUGGUGAAUAAAGCGAAUAAUUUAAGAUCGGAAAAUGCUGAUCUCAAAGCAAAGUAUGCUGCCUCCAAUAAUAGAAUUAAUGAAAAGGACCGCCUGUACAAGGAACAGCGAAGUCUAGCGGACAAACUGACGAACGAGGCUAAAAGCUUGCGAUAUAAGAACGCGAAUGUCGAAGCGCGUUGUGCUGCUCACGAAGAAACGAUUGCGACGCUCAAACAACAACUCGAAGCCUCCAAAAUGGCUGAAAAAGAAUUCCGCGACGCGACACGCAACCUCUCUGCGUCGCAUCAGAAUGCAAUCUGCCGUUUGGAAGCGAAAGUGAAAUGCCUGACUACCCGCAUUGACAAGCAAAUGGCUCUCAUAGACAAUCUGAAGAAGCAGAACGCGUUGCUUGCCACGGAGGGCGCUUUGAAGGCGUUGGAGAGAGAUUAUUAUGAUUUCUUAAAUUCUGAUUUGUAG